AUGCUGAGGUCUGUUGUCUUGAGCGCUCCUUCUAAAGCCGGAUCUAGUACCGCAGGUGGUAGUGUGAAUCCAGACACCUUCCUGCGUCAAUUGACCGUUGGCCUCGUUCAGUUUUUCGCCAAUACGAUCCUCUUCGCACAAGGAAAAGACCAGAACAAAAAGCUUCUAGGUCUACCUGUGCACCAUGUUGACGGAGCUCAAGGUCCUAGAUUGAACGCUGGUACCCUUGAGAACGAGACGUACGGAUAUGUGCGACACAAGAUCGGAUCUCCGGAUUUCGAGACUGG